AUGCCUUCCAUCCUUAGCGAUGACGAUAAGGACACUGUGAAGCGAUUUGUGCCCAAGCAGUCCAACAAGAUCCAGGCUGUCGCUGUCGCCAAACUAUACGUUGCAUACCCCAACCGAUCGAAAUGGACAUAUACUGGACUCCAAGGGGCCAUCGUACUCUCCAACGAUUUGGUAGGGAAUACGUAUUGGAUCAAGCUGGUGGACAUAUCGUCUUCGAAUCGCGGCGUCAUAUGGGACCAAGAGAUUUUUGAUACCUGGACAUACCACCAAGAUAGGACCUUUUUUCAUACGUUCGAAUUGGAAGAAUGCGUCGCUGGGUUGAGCUUCGUAGAUGAGAAGGAGGCCAAGCAGUUUAAGAAGAAAAUGGACGAUCGAGAGAAGAAUGCCAGCAAAGCAACUAGGGCGACCCAUUUUGGUGGCGGCCCUCAGCCUGAGAAGAAGCAUGGCCACGGCUUGUUGGGAGGCUUGUUUGGAUCUCGCCAUUCUUCUGCUCCUUCUCCGACCGAGUCUCAGCGCCACACCCUUCCGCCGCAGCCCUCGCACCACAUGUCCACAUACAGCCUCAAUGGCAGUACAACUUCAUCCGAAUUCCCUAUUCUCGACGAAUUUGACCCAAUGUGGAGGGAGAACUUUGGGCAAGAUCUGAAGGACAAGGGCUUGACGGAUGACUUCAUCAAGGACAACCAGGAGUUCAUCAUCGAGUUUGUUCGUGAACAACAGCAAGCUACACCGCCAGAAGCCCCUAAAGCAGCAUCUCAUCCUCCUCCGCCUCCUCCCCCGUCUGCGCCUCCUCCAAAUGGCCACGAUGCUCGAAGCUCACGACCUCCUCCGCCCCCUCCUCCUGGAGGACGCCCUGAGCCAAUGUCUCCGCCAGCAAACUCCAAGGCUCCUCCACCUCCAGCCCCCAGACGAUCUGGCAAGACAGAGCAUGAAAGCAGGGACUCACCUGAACCUUCUCCUGUCCCACCACGGGUGAGGUUUAACGCACCACCACCUCUGGCUGACGCUGGUAAAUUUGCCAAAGAAGCUCCCAAAACAGCCCCUCUUCCUCCUCCAAGGUCGGCCGGCCCUCCACCGCCUCCAAGACCGGCCAAAACACCAAUCGAAGAGAAUUCCAGUCACAAGUUUGGAGUUCCACCCCCCUUUUCAGGCCAGAGGAACAACCCCCCCCCUCCGACUCCAAGUCGAGGACCAGUUCCCCCACCUCCGCCCCCUCGAAGCAAUGCUGCUCAACCCUCACCAACACACGCCGUUGCACCCGCACCACCUCCUCUCCCACCAAAGGUUCCAGCGGCUGGUCCUCCCCCUUUGCCGCCCAUGAGCUCUCGACCGAUUCCUCCACCUCCAGCUGCCGCACCUCAACCACCUCCGCCCCCACCAGCGCAGAGUACACCAGCGCUUCCCCCUCCGCCGCCGCCAUUACCACCAACUACCAGCGCAGCUCCUCCUCCCCCGGCGCCCCCUCCUCUGCCGCCAACUACCAGCGGAGCACCUCCGGCCCCUCCCCCACCACCUCCUCCCCCGGCUCCGGUAUCUGGCAGUGGGCCGCCAGCUCCUCCACCUCCCCCCCCUCCGAAUCGAGACUCGGGAUAUGCUUCAGGUGUCCCAGCUCCCCCAGGCGCAGAUACUGGGCGGUCGGCGAUGCUGGGAGAUAUUCAAAAGGCUGGCGGUAUUGCUUCGCUUAAGAAGGUCGACAGAACUAAGAUUCGAGAUCGCAGUGGAGCACAAGUCGGGGGUGGCGGCGACUCUGCAACUAGCUCAGCUGUCGGCGCCGCGGCCCCUGCCGCUGGUGGAGGCAUGGCCGAUGCGCUCGCUGUGGCACUUCAGAAACGGAAGGAAAAAGUUAGCAGGAGCGAUGACGAGAGUGAUAACGAUGACUGGUAA